ACAGCAGGGCGAGAGAGGAAGUAGUUUGCAGCGACAGCAUCUGCUUUUGAAAGAGAGUUUACGAGAACACAUGCAUGUCAGCGGCUAUGUGUGCGCUCGUGAGAGUGGAUGCACGUUAUGAAGACUCUUAUGCUCUGGAUCCUUCCUGUUAUCCUUCUGUGCUCACUCUGCAGUGUGGCCUUCUGGAUAUUCCUUUCUAACAAUAAUGUAAGCCCUAAUCCUUCAUCUAAGAUCCCUCAAAAAGUCUCAGAUACACAGUCUUGCAAGGGAUGCAAAGAGAAUGUAUUCAUUUCCAAAGCACUGGGGAAAUACUCUAACAGAUGGAAAAAACAUGAGGCAAACUUUAAAAGAUUCAGGUCAUUGCUGAGUGGCAAAUGCCAUGCUGUGUCAAAGGCUGUUGUCACACAGAAUAACACCCCACUUGGGUCAAAUAUUAUCUAUGAUGGAGAGAGGAGAAAGCCAAUACAGGUGACACAAGCCCUGUUCAACAUCCUGGCUAAGGAGCAGCCCUUUGGAAAUGCUACAUGGGAGUCAUGUGCCGUGGUGGGGAAUGGUGGUAUUUUGACCAAUAGCAGCUGUGGAAAAGAAAUUAAUUCUGCCCAGUUUGUCAUUAGAUGCAACCUUCCACCACUGGAUAACAGAUAUGAGAAAGAUGUAGGCAACAAAACCAACCUGGUGACUGCAAAUCCCAGCAUCCUCCAUGAGAAGUAUAAUGGUCUGAUGGAGCGCCGUCGUCCAUUUGUUAAAAGCCUUCAUCCUUAUGGACAAGCCUUAAUGCUGCUGCCAGCGUUCUCUUACGGUCACAACACGGCUGUAUCCCUGCGUGCCUUUUACACACUGGAGGACUUCGGCAGCAAUGGCCCGCUGCCUGUUUUCCUGAAUCCAGAAUAUUUGAGAAGUUUGUCAAAGUUUUGGCGUGAGCGAGGCCUUAACUCGGUUCGUCCCAGCACAGGACUAAUCAUGGCCAGCUUAGCACCAGAAAUCUGUGCUAACGUCCAUUUGUACGGUUUUUGGCCUUUCAGUAAACAUCCAGAUGACAGUCGACGGAUCACCAACCAUUACUAUGAUGAUCGGCAGAGCAAGAAGAAUGUGCAUUCCAUGCCGGCCGAGUUCGAACAUUUAUUGAAACUCCACAAGCAAGGUGUGGUUCGCAUACACCUGGGGGAUUGUCAACCCACACACAGGUAAAACACGAGACUGGCUGCAAACUAGGCCUUUCCUG